AGAAGAGACAACGGCCGUGCCAAAAAGGGCCGCGGCCAUGUGCAGCCAAUUCGCUGCACAAACUGCGCCCGGUGCGUGCCCAAGGAUAAGGCCAUCAAGAAGUUUGUCAUUCGGAACAUCGUAGAAGCCGCUGCUGUCAGGGACAUAUCUGAAGCAAGUGUCUUCGAUGCCUACGUGCUUCCCAAGCUCUAUGUCAAGCUGCAUUACUGUGUGAGCUGUGCCAUCCAUAGCAAGGUCAUCAGGAAUCGAUCCCGUGAAGCCCGGAAGGACCGGACACCCCCACCACGAUUCAGACCUGCUGGUGUUGCACCUCUACCUCCACCAAAGCCCAUGUAA